AGAAAGGUUUAUUUAAUUGAUAAUAGAAAGACAAAAAUUUUAAUGAUGGAGCUAAAUCGACCAGAUAAACCAGCUAAGUGCAUAUGGAAAGCGAAUGAGGAAAGUUCACCCCACACUAAACGGAUAGAGAUGCCAAAUCGCAACAAAAUAUUACCUGACAUUUUAAGUGCGAUUGGUCAGACACCUCUCAUUCGGCUCAAUAAUAUUCCUAAAUCUCGUGGGAUUAAGUGUGAAAUGUAUGCAAAAUGUGAAUUCUUUAAUCCUGGUGGAUCUGUAAAAGACCGAAUAGCGCAUAGAAUGAUACAGGAUGCGGAAGAAAAGGGACUGAUAAAGCCAGGAUAUACUAUCAUUGAACCAACAAGCGGCAAUACUGGAAUUGGUCUAGCGUUGGCUGCAGCAGUCAAGGGCUAUAAAUGCAUCAUUGUGAUGCCAGAGAAAAUGUCUAACGAAAAAGUUUAUGUGCUUCGUGCUCUCGGUGCAGAAAUAGUGAGAACACCAACUGAAGCCGCUUGGUAUAGUCCGGAAGGACAUAUCAGUGUUGCUCAAAAAUUGCAGAGAGAGACACCCAAUAGUAUUGUCUUAGAUCAAUAUACUAACUCUGGCAAUCCAUUAGCACAUUAUGAUCUAACUGCAACUGAACUUUGGGAACAAUGUGAUGGCAAAAUAGAUUAUGUUGUUGUUGGCGCUGGUACUGGAGGAACUAUCACCGGAAUCGGACGCAAAUUAAAGGAACUGUCCCCUGAUACAAAAAUUAUUGGUGUGGAUCCGGUAGGAAGCAUUUUGGCAUCCAAGUUGAAUAAGGAGGAUGUUGGUUUCUACGAAGUAGAGGGAAUCGGAUAUGACUUUAUACCAAUGGUCUUGGAUCACAAUGUUGUUGAUAUGUGGAUAAAAACAGGAGACUGUGAAUCACUAAACGCAGCACGUGAAUUAAUUCGUCAGGAGGGAUUAUUGUGUGGCGGUAGCAGUGGAGCGGCACUUUCAGCGGCAAUUAAAAUCGCUAAAAAUCUGCCGGCAGAUAAACGUUUGAUCAUUCUUUUGCCAGAUGGCAUACGCAAUUACAUGACAAAGUUCGUAUCGGAUCAAUGGAUGGAAGCUAGAGAUUUUUUGACAUGCAAAGCUUCAAUAGAGGUAAACAAAUGGUGGUGGAAUAUACCGUUAUUGAAUUUAACAUUAAAUAAGCCUACAAUAUUAUCAAAAGGAAUGUCAUGUCAAGAUGCUGUGAAUUUUUUUAAAACUGCUAACAAUAUUCAACAAUUAUUGGUAACUGAUGACGAGAAAAUACACGUGAGAGGUGUUAUCAUGUCAGACGUGCUCCUGUCUAAUUUGAUUUCUGGUGCAGUAAAGCAAACAGAUUGUGCCAAGAAAGUUAUGAUCAAGCAAUUUACGAAAGUUACAGUUGCGAUUACAUUGGGCAAACUAUCACAUAUUCUUGAAAAAGAAUCUUAUGCCGUAGUUUUAAACAACGACAAUGCUUUAGUCGGGAUAGUAAAUCAAAAUGAUAUUUUCAAUUUCAUAAUGAAGGGCGAUAAUACAGCACAGAAUAAUAGCAUUAUGUAAAAUUCGUCCAUGUAGUUAUAUUUGAUAAAGCAAGAUUGUCAUUUAUGCAAUAUCUGCAUAUUUGUAUAAGGGAGAAGAUUAGAUAUAAGAACGAUUGAAUUGCGGAAUUUCUUGCAACAUUAUAUCGGAUGCUAUUAUUUUUUGUAUCUAUGCAAUCUUGUAAAAAAUAAUUCACUACGUAUAUGUGUGAAAUGAAAAAAAGGGGCCAAUGGACAAAAUUGUAUACCUAUCUAAAAUUUUUAAUAUAAUGAUAUAAUUUUUCUUAGGGUUUCUCAGCAUUUGUAAAUUUCAAGCAUUUAAGUUUUAUAUAUCCAUUUUUGUAAUAAUUUUGUAAAUUAUGGAACUGUGCAAAUAAAAGUGUAA